CCUGCACAUGGGACAUUUGUUUUUUGAUCGGCCUCGGAUAGUUGACAAUCCCACCAAAUAACCGGCACUUGUCUGCCGGACGACCGCCACAAUGAAGCUUCAAAACUCCGGCACAAUACCGGUAUAUACGGUUUCCGGCGCAUCCACAGCGCGCUCACUGCCGGAAUGGCUGAGUCGCAAGAAAAAGCAGUCUCUCAAAAAUGAUCCCGAAUACGCAAAUCGCAUUGAGCUGCUGCAAGACUUCGAGUUCGAGGAGGCGUCCAUGUGUGUCCGCGUCAGCGAGGAUGGCGACUGGGCCAUGAGCACCGGUACCUACAAGCCUCAGAUUCACACCCACCACCUAUCCAGCCUGUCCAUGUCCUAUGCCAGGCAUACAUCAUCCCUGAACCAGACCUUUGUACUCCUCAGCUCGGAUGCCAGUAAAAGCUUGCAUCUGCAGAACGACCGUCGUCUCGAGCUACACACCCUGGCGGGCUGCCACUACCACGUUCGCCUGCCUAGGUUCGGACGUGACCUAGCCUAUGACCGUCACUCGACCGAGGCUCUUGUGCCUGCAACGGGACUGGAUUCGGACGGCAAGGCGGAGGUCUUCAGACUCAACCUGGAGCUUGGGAGGUUUAUGAAAUCGUAUCAGAUCGACUGCGGCACGGACGACGGCAUAGAGCGAGGACUGCAGGGCAGCAUAAAUGUGGGCAGUGUCAAUACCGUGGCCCUGGCCGAGAACACCCAUAAUCUCUCCGCUUUUGGAACUUCUAUUGGUACAGUCGAGUUCUGGGACCCUCGAACCAAGUCACGCGUUGCCACAAUAGGAGGUCAUGAUGGAGAGGUCACCGCUCUGGAGUUCAGUCCAUCGGGACUUCAUAUAGCGACUGGUUCUAGUACCGGUAUUAUACAGCGCUAUGACCUGCGGAGGCCUGUCCCUCUUCUUAAGAAAGAUCACGGCUUUGGUCUCCCCAUUAAAAAUAUCAUCCACAUGACUACAUCAUCGCAGGAAAAGAAGAUACUUUCGGCCGACAAAAAAUCAAUCAAAAUCUGGGACGAGUCAAACGGCAAUCCUUGGACUACGAUUGAACCUGUUGUGGACAUCAAUCAUGUCGCUUGGUGCAAGGGAACCGGCAUGCUGUUUUCCGCCAACGAGGGUCCUCAAAUGCAUGCUUGGCUGAUUCCCCAUUUGGGCAACUCCCCAAGAUGGUGCUCGUUCCUUGACAAUCUGGUUGAGGAGAUGGCGGAGGAGGUUCACACGGAGACAUACGACGAUUACAAGUUCUUGACCCUGCCCGAACUCAAACAGCUCAGUCUUGCUCACCUUAUCGGCAAGACAAACCUUCUCAGGCCAUACAUGCAUGGUUACUUUGUCGCAGCCAAGCUGUAUGACCAGGCCCGACUAAUUGCGAACCCAUACAUGUAUGAGGAGGAGAGGAUGAAGAGGGUCAAGGAGAAGGUCGAGAAAGAGCGUGCCAGCAGAAUCAGAGGCAACAAGAAGGUCAAGGUUAACCAGAAGCUGGUUGACAAGCUUCUCAAGAAACAGGAGAAGAGGGAGAAGGUUGAUACUGAGGCUGGUGUCCUUGGUGACGACCGUUUCAAGAGCCUAUUUGAGGAUGACGACUUUGUCAUUGAUGAGACCAGUAGAGAGUUCAAGGCUCUCAACCCCAGCACUGUUGUGGCACCGCAAGAAACCGCAAGUGCAGAUAAGAGUCGCUCUGAUGAGGACACGAGUGACGGCGAUGACGAUGAAAUCCGAGGAUCUGGCAAAGAUGGUGUACAGAUGCGGGUUUCAUCUUCAGCAAACCAAGGCAAGCGCGCCAAAGAUACCGUACUUGGAUCUCGCAUGCCAAAGUCUAGGGUUGAGAAGACACGUUAUGGAGGACCAGGCGUCGGCGAAAAAGAGAUCACAUUUGUUCCAGAAUCCAAAAAGAAGAAGAAGGAGGAGCCUGUUGCCAUCAGGCCCAAGCCUUCCAACGCAAGGCGAAGUGCAAGCUCCAAUACAAUGCGCAAACUUUGAGCACACAGAAUCUCGUCUGUAUGCCAACAACCAAUACUACCAAUGAUACACUAGCCUUAUAAUGGCGGCUUUGCAAAAUUCAUAACCUCGUCUGGAUCUUGGCGUAGACGUUGUCAAGUCGCCGAUCGUCCAAUUUAGCACAUCUCCUAUGCUACCUUUCCCAGUUACUUCCUGCUGAAGUUGCUUCGCUUCGGCUUGGGACUUGUGUCCGCCCUCUUUGUUCUCGUGGCUGCAAGUCCUUUCUCGAGGUCUCCUGGCCUCAGACGAGGGGUAGGUGGAACAUCGUCGAGCCUAACACGUCCAUCGCCUCGAGAUCUGGACUCCUUGACAUGCUUAGGGAAUUCUGUCCUCCGUGGAGUGAGGGCAGUGACGACCUUCCUGGCGGACCGACGAAUGGUCUCACGAAUCUUCCAUUCUCUCUUCUUGGCGAGAUAGAAGAGUACAGAUGAGGCAACUGUUGGUUCAAGUUAGUGACGGCCUCUGACAGCUAGCCAUGGGGAAAACGGUGGCACUUACUGCCACCAACGGCGACAAUUGAGACAACAACUAUGAUGGCGAUCAAAGCACUCGACGAGAGCUGAACGCCUCCUUCGCUGGACCCAGCCGCUCCAGCAGCAUUCCCUCCAAGAUCGGGGGUCUGGUCGACAUCCUCCGUAAAAAGAGGGUUGGUUGAGCUUGUCGUUGCGGACAUGGUGAAGGGAUUACUCGCUGACCCAGCAGAAGUGACAAGGUAACGUGAAUUUUGGACACAAUGUAUAACGGAUUGACUGGUGCUCGUUUUACGAGUGUAGGGUGUCGAAGAGGGAUUUCUGCCCCGGUACACUUGUAUGUUUAACGGAACAGGGUAGAAAUAGGAAGCUCAAGUCGAUCAAAGUUGGUGGCAGUCAUUGUCCGGAUAUACCAGAGUCCAAGCAGGGGGAAUUAAGUCCCGGGCCACAGAGCGCCAGACCCGAGGCCCAUUCGGCAACCCGCUCCAUGGCACUGAAAUAGAUCUG